AUGGCCUCCAGCGCCGAGCGCACCUUCAUCGCCAUCAAGCCCGACGGGGUGCAGCGGGGGCUGGUGGGGGACAUCAUCAAGCGCUUCGAGCAGAAGGGCUUCAAACUGGUGGCCAUGAAAUUAAUUCACGCCUCUGAAGACCUGCUGAGAGAACACUACAUUGACCUCCAGGACCGGCCCUUCUAUGAGGGCCUGGUGCAGUACAUGCACUCUGGGCCGGUUGUGGCCAUGGUGUGGGAGGGUCUCAACGUGGUGAAGACUGGAAGAGUGAUGCUGGGGGAAACGAAUCCCUUUGACUCCAAGCCUGGCACGAUCCGUGGGGACUUCUGCGUUCAAGUGGGAAGGAACAUCAUCCAUGGAAGUGACUCCGUAGAAAGUGCUGAGACAGAGAUCAAUUUGUGGUUCACUCCUGAGGAACUCGUUGAUUACAGGAGCUGUGCUCAUGAAUGGAUCUAUGACUAA